AUGUCAAAUGAGUCUGGAAUUAAUGACAGCAGUAAUACUGUUCGUGGUUUUAGGCUGUUUAAUAAUUUAGGUAGGUUUGUGUUGCAACAGCAUGACAAUAAUCAAGGUUUGGUAGGUGCCAUCUUGAGGCAAAGACCACAUAUUUCCCAAAAUUUUGAAUUGCCACAAGAAAUGCAAAGAAAUGUAGUACCACGUUUAUCAGAUAAUGAUGAUGUUUCCUUAGCUAGACGCAGGCAAAAUGCUCAAUGUGUUGCCUCUUUACGUCGAUUGGAAUCGACUGAUCAGGCCAAUAAUAGGCGGCAUAAUGAUGCUGUUAGACAUGCGGCUAGGCGCAAUGCAGAAUCAGCUCAGCAAACUCGCAACAGACAAGUUAUGGAUGCUCAACGGCACGUUGUUGCUAGACAAUUAGAAUCUAAUGAGCAGGCUGCCAAUAGACGUGCUGAAAAUGCUCAUAGACAAGCCAUGGCUCGAGAAAUGCAUAAUGCGCCGUAUUAUAAUAUUGCACGUCAAAAUGUAUUGCCUAAUUUAUAUUUUUUAGGUGCUAUGGACAAAAAAUGUGAUUAUUGUCAAGCUUUAAAGUUUGAAAAUGAAAAUUGUUUUAAAUGUUGUCACACUGGUAAAGUUGCAUUAGAUAAUUUGUCUCCUUACCCUCAGCAGCUUGGGGAAUUAUUAACAAAUACAGAUACUGUUCAGGCAAAAAACUUUCAGUCAAAUAUACGUAAGUAUAAUAGUGCCGUUGCCUUUGCUUCUUUUGGAGCAAACCUUCGCCCCCCACCUGGCCGUGGACCACCAUGCUUUCGUAUCUGUGGUCAAAUAUGGCAUCGUGUUGGGGGUCUUCACCCUCCUGAAGGACAAACACCUGUUUUUAACCAACUUUAUAUUUAUGAAGCAGGUAGGGCUCUCAACGAAAGAAUGGCACGCCAAGAAAAUAAUGGCUGUCGUGAAGACGUGAUGCGAACUGUUCAAGAUGUUAUGGACAGAGUAAGCCCGUUUGCUGCUGCCUAUAGGUACAUGGCUGAAGUUGAAGCUGAAGAAUUGAAUCAGGCAGCAGCACAAAACCGUGCUCCAUCUGAAGUGCGUAUGUACAUGAGAGUUGGCAAUGACCGAAAGCGCUACAACUUGCCACAUCAUGAUGAAGUUGCGGCAGUAUUUGUUGGCCAAGAUGGAGCACCUCCUGGAAACAGGGAUGUUGUUAUCUAUCCGCGUGGAGGUGAUUUACAGAAUAUUUCCACAAUGUCUGCAAACUUGGAUCCAAUGGUGUAUCCUCUUUUUUUUCCAAGGGGUGAACCAGGUUGGCAUAAUAGGAUACCUCAUGUUGCUGUACGUGCAACCCGUACUCGCAACACUACUACAAUGUUGCAGUAUUAUACUUACCGUUUAGCUGCUCGGGAAUAUUUCAGCCCGAUUCAUUAUGGUAAGAAAUUGUUUCAGCAGUAUUGUGUUGAUUCUUAUGUUAAAGUUGAAGGUAAUAAUUUAAAUUACAUUCGAGCAAAUCAAACCAACCUUCGUGUUGAUAGUUAUGAAGGUUUAGCUGACCAUUUGAAUGCACGAGCUGAAGAGCGAGGCCUUCAACCAGGUCGUAUUGUUGUUCUUCCUUCGAGUUUUCAAGGAAGUCCACGUGCCAUGGCUCAAAACUAUCAAGAUGCUAUGGCAGUUAUUGGUAAGUUUGGAAAACCUGAUUUUUUUCUGACUUUUACGUGCAAUCCAAAAUGGCGUGAAAUUACAGAAAAUUUGUUUGCAGGCCAACGUGCACACGAUCGGCCUGAUUUAGUUUCUCGAGUUUUUAAAUUGAAACUAAAUGAACUCCUUAAAGAUGUUACUGAAAUGGGAGUUCUAGGUAAGACUAUAGCACAUGUGUAUGUUAUAGAAUUUCAAAAGAGGGGUUUGCCUCAUUGUCAUUUGUUAAUUCAUUUAGAUCCCAAUGACAAACUUAGGGAUGCAGAUGACAUAGACAGUGUUAUUUCAGCAGAAAUUCCUAAUCAACAGGAACACCCUGAGCUGUUUGAAAUUGUACGAUCGUGUAUGAUUCAUGGACCAUGUGGACAUCUGAAUCCUAAUUCCAGAUGUAUGGAAGAUGGUGUUUGCACAAAAAGUUUUCCAAAGAACUUUUUAGCAUCUACGGUAGCUGAAGUCAACGGAUAUCCAUUAUAUAGACGUCGUGAUAAUGGUAUACAUAUCAAUGUCAAUAAUGUUGACGUAGAUAAUCGCUGGAUUGUUCCAUAUAAUCCAUGGCUUUCCAAGAAAUACAAUGCACAUAUAAACUUGGAGGCGUGCAUGUCUGUUAAGUCUGUUAAAUACCUCUAUAAAUAUAUUUAUAAAGGUCAUGAUUGUGCCAACAUUGAGAUCAAUGAACGUAUUGAUCAUGAUGAGGUGCAGACAUUUUUAGAUGCACGGUAUGUCAGUGCACCGGAAGCCAUAUGGCGUCUUUUUGAAUUGACCAUGCACCAACAAUCUCAUGUUGUCCAUAGAUUGCCAGUGCACUUGCCAAAAAACCAUAUUGUUUAUUUUCAGCAAGGACAGGCUGAAGAGGCUCUGGACAGAGCUGCAGAUCAGGCUACAAAAUUAACAGCUUGGUUUGUGUUAAAUGCAGAGAAUCAUGAUGCUCGCCAAUAUAUGUAUCCAGACAUUCCUCUUCAUUUUGUUUUUAAUAAGAACAAAGUUUGGAAACCAAGACAACGCGGUCAUGGUAAAAUUGUGUCCAGAAUGUAUAGUGUGAGUCCUCGCGCAGGUGAGCUUUUUUAUUUACGUAUGUUGCUAUUGCAUACACCUGGUGCAACUUCUUUUAAAGAUUUACGAACUGUCAAUGGCAAUGUUGCUGAAACAUUUCGUGACGCCUGUUUAUUGCGUGGUCUCCUGCAAGAUGAUACUGAAUGGAACAAUACUUUGCAGGAAGCUGUUAACUUUCAGAUGCCUCGACAAUUAAGGCAACUGUUUGCUGUGAUACUUACUCACUGCGAACCUUCUGAUCCUUUUACUUUGUGGACAAGGUACAAGGAUGCAAUGUAUGAAGAUUAUAUUCACCAAAUGAAUGAGGAACAUGCUGAGUACAGGCUGCUUCAAGAUAUUAAUUCUGUACUUAGGCAAUUUGGUAAAUCUCUUACUGAUUAUAAUCUUCCUCAUUUAGAUGAAUUACCCCCAGCUGAAAACAUUGAUGUAGCUAUGGAGGCUGAAAGAGCUUCCCAACUAAGGGCUCAACUUACUGACGAACAGACUGCACUGGCUAAUGCAGUCAUAGAAGCUGUUGUAAAUGUUGCUAACAAUGCAGCCCAAAACAACCGUCUGUUUUAUUUAGAAGGUGCUGGUGGUAGUGGUAAAACCUUUACUUAUAAUUACCUUAUUUCUGAACUUACAGGUAGGGGUUUUCAAGUUGGAACUGCUGCAUUUACUGGCAUAGCAGCAACACUUUUGAAAAAGGGUACCACCAUUCAUAGACUAUUCUGGUUACCUGUUCCUAUUGUAGAGAACAGUACAUGCAAGAUAACCCCGGUUUCCGCUUAUGCUGCAGAAUUGCGACAAAAGAGUCUAUUUUUACUUGAUGAAGCUUCCAUGAUUCCUAAGCAUGCUUUUCAUGCAAUAGAUCGUCUUCUACAAGAUAUUUGUAAUAAUGAGCUUCCAUUUGGAGGUAAAGUUGUUCUUUUAGGUGGUAAUUUUUCACAGUUACUGCCUGUUGUCAGAAAAGGAAAAGCAACUGAAAUUGUGGACAUGUGUUUAAAAAGUUCUCCAUUAUGGCACUUGGUUAAAGAAUUUCGAUUACAUCAAAACAUGAGAACAAGGCCAGGAGAACAACAAUUUGCUGCAUGGCUUCUGCAACUUGGGAAAGGUGUUUUACCUGUUCGGGAGCAAGAACCUUUCCAAGGCGCAAUUAAAGUGCCAUCCCAAUGUGUGAUACAAAAUGAAUGUAUUGUUGAUACUUUGUUUAGGAAUCUUUCACCGGAAAUUAUGGCAUCAUCUGUGGUACUAACACCCACAAAUGAUGACUCACUUACCAUUAAUGAUCAGGUGUUGGCGCUGUUGCCUGGUGAAGAAAAAGUUUAUUUUAGCGCAGAUGAUGUUGUGUGUGAUGAGGAGGAGGAACGGAAUCAAUAUCCGGUAGAAUUUUUAAAUAGUAUCACACCUUCAGGUAUGCCUCCUCAUUGCCUUAAAUUAAAAACUGGUGCCAUUGUUAUGUUAUUAAGAAACAUAAACAUGAAUAAUGGUUUAUGUAAUGGCACUCGACUAAUUAUAAGACGUCUUCAUGACAACUGUGUCGAUGCUGAAGUACUCACUGGCAAUGCCAUUGGAGAUAGGGUACUUAUUCCAAGGGUGCAACUUGCACCUUCGGAUACAGGUAUGCCUUUUGUUUUACGUCGCAGACAGCUUCCACUAAGGCUGUCUUAUGCUAUGACAAUAAACAAGGCACAAGGUCAAACCUUUGAAAAGGUUGGAAUAUUGUUGCGCAGGCCAUGUUUUUCUCAUGGUCAGCUGUAUGUUGCUUUUUCUAGAGCAAGAGCAUUUGGUGAUGUUCGAGUAAGUGUUGUUCCCUCAUCCAGGCAAGGGUUUUUUAAUAGGGAAUGUUAUACUCAAAAUGUGGUUUACCGUCAGGUUCUUACAUAA